AAUUGCGGAAUUCGUCUCCUCAGCUCAGCUGUUUGUGGCUCAAUCUCUCAGUCUCAAAGUUUCUGGCCUUAAUUUGUGAUAUUUCUAACUCACAUUUGACCUUGUCAUUGUGUGAUUUGUGCACUUAAUUAACAACGGAUACUAGUGGAUUCACAAAGACCUUGUGUAGUCGUAGGAAAUCGAAACAAUGAUGACUGUCAAUCAAUGACAUAGGAACCUCCAUGGACUAUUCAACUCAACAGCUCGACAAGGUCAACACGGUACGAUCACGACUGGUCAAGGAACAACCUGUACUGUAGGCUGUAGCUCUUCGAACGUGACUAGCGUUUAACCGACAAAACUGACUGAACAUGCAUGCUGAACCGUUCAUGAUGACGUUAACAUUCGUUAAGUGAAGAGUAUAAACCAUGGCAACAUAAAUUAUUGCAGGUUGAAAGGGAAGCAUAAGAAUCUUUUCCAGUUACCAUGGCAACAGCAGUAGAGUUACAAGCUCCCAAAGAAGUGAAGAUAACCGUUGUAAAUGACGAGGAAGGAAAAAGUGAAGAGAUCCACAGCGAUAGAGUAAACGCAGAAAGGACGGACGUAAUUACAAACAGAUUGGCCUCACCGGACAGAACUAAAGACCAGACAGCAGUUGAAAGGUUGCAAGCUGUAGCUUCAAAUUCUAGUGAAGCUAAGACGGAAGGAAGAAGUGGUGAGGGGAAGGAAGGCAUCGUUGAAGCAGUUGAGGGCUCACUUCCUUCCAUUAAUUCUAUCACUGCAGAAUCUGAAGCAGAACUCUUAGCCAAGCUGGAGCAGGCCAAUAGGUUACUGGAAGCAGAUGCCAAGUCUCUCAAAUCCAUCUCAGAUUCUAGCAGAUCAUCUCGCAGAGGUUCCAAUGCUAGCUUACGAUCGACCGGCUCCACGCUGAGCAACAUGAGUAACGUUCAAGCACCCGGCUCGUCGAGCAAUUCCUGUAGCGAUAACCUGGAUGAUCUAGGAAUGCAAGACAAGUGGCUGAUUUGGGGCAAGAUUGUCAAUGAUUGGGAGGAAUAUUCACGCAAAAAAUCCAAACAAUUGAAGGAGCUCAUACGACUGGGGAUACCACAUCACUUCAGAGGCAUAGUGUGGCAGCUACAAUGCAAUGCAUUCAACUCUCCACUCAAAGACAAAUAUGCUGAGUAUUUGAAGAUGACAUCACCAUGUGAAAAGGUCAUUCGUAGAGACAUUGCGAGGACGUAUCCAGAACAUGAUUUCUUUAAGGAGAAAGACGGGCCAGGACAGGAGACAUUGUUUAAUGUCAUGAAGGCAUAUUCUAUCCAUGAUCGUGAGGUCGGGUACUGCCAAGGAUCAGCCUUCAUAGUCGGUCUUCUACUUAUGCAGAUGCCAGAGGAGGAAGCUUUCUGCGUUCUCGUCAAAUUGAUGCAAGAAUAUCGUCUACGAGAGCUCUUCAAACCCAGCAUGGCAGAGCUAGGCCUGUGUAUGUUCCAACUAGAAUGCAUGCUACAGGAGUUACUUCCUGAACUUUUUAGGCACUUCACAUCUCAGGGCUUCCACACUUCUAUAUUUGCGUCGCCAUGGUUUCUGACAUUAUUUGCUGUUGGUCUUCCUAUUUCCUUGGCUCGUAGGAUCAUGGACGUCUUUAUAUCUGAGGGUAUGGAAAUAAUUUUUCGGGUUGGCAUAGCGAUGUUACAGCUUAACUACGAAGAUCUCCUCAGACUAGACAUGGAAGAAAUGCUCAGGUUUUUACAGAAAAUUGCUCCCAAAUUCCACGAGGCUGAGCCAGAGGUGCUGAUGUCCACAGCUUUUCAAGUCAAGUACAAUGCAAAGAAAAUGAAGAAAUUAGAAAAGGAUUAUCUUGCCUUCAAGACCAAAGAGAAUGAAGACCAGAUUGAGAUGCGAAGACUGCGGACAGAGAACAGACUUCUACUGAGGAGAAUCCAGGUUUUAGAAGAAGAGAACGAAGUCUUAGCAGACAGGUUGAUCCAGGGUCAGUUACAAAGAGCUCAGGAAGCUGAAGAGACUUACGCCGUGAAGAAAGAAUUGGAGACAUUGAAACAACAUGAUCAGGAGACGGCAAAGAGAUUAGAAGGAGCUCAGACCGUCAUCAGUGAUCUGCGAUAUAAGACGAUGGACAAAUUACAAAGAGCUCAGACGAUUGUGAAGGAUUUUAUGCGAAAGGUCAGGAAUGAUAAUUCAGAACCAGACCCUGAAUCAGCAGGAAUCAUCAUGGCGCUACAAGAAGAACUGAUUGCUGUCAGACUACGAGAAGCAGAAUCUGCAGAAACGCUGAAAGAACUGAGAGAUGAUAUCAAGUCCUUGGAAAAGACUAACAAGAAGUUAAAAGAAGAGCCUGGCUUUUCAGUGGAGACAUUGCAAGAUGAACUGAUUGCAGUCAAGCUACGAGAAGCUGAGGCAAACCUCGCACUGAAGGAUCUGAGACAAACAGUCAAUGAAUUGGAAGGUCAUUGGCAGACACAUCUUCAAAGAUCAGCAUCUAGGAAGAAAGAAGGCAACAGCAAGCAGACAGUGCAGACGCUGACUGAAGAACUGAUGAGUGUUAGGCUACGAGAAGCAGAGACGGCCGCUGAGCUGAAGGAAAUGAGACAACGGGUCAUGGAGCUAGAAACACAGAAUCAAGUAACGAGUAAUCAGUUCCGACGCAGUGAAGAUGAACGACUUCAACUCAAGGCAGAUUUUGACAAAGUUUCAGACCAUGAGAAGGAGUUACAGAUGUCACUUAACAGGUCACUGAAAGAACUUGUUAAAUUGGAAGCUAAGAGUAAAGAGGAGAUGUAUACAGUAAGAUUGAGAGAGACGGAGGCCAAUGCUUGCCUGGCUGAGCUGGCUCAGAAGAUGGCAGAACUGGAAAUACAGAACCAAGAGCUAUUGACCAAGAGAACCUUGAGUGAAUCGGAGACUGAAAGCAGUAUGCAGGAACUCCGCAACAGAAUCACUGAGCUUACCUCAGAGGUAAUGCAGUUACGUAUGAAACUGCACAACAAACCAGGCAGUCAUCUGUCCUUCAGUGAUCUGACAGAUGAGAGCCAGUAUCCCGUCAGUGUCAUCACUAAUCCAGCAGCAUGUCUCCAUGACAACGAUAUCGAUGAUGAUGAUGAGAGUAAUUCAGGUGAGAUGCGAGGAAUUGAUAUGUCCGUCAUUGAAUCCGAUGAGGAGGUGUUGGAGAGAAAGCCAAGCAAACAAACGGAGGUUUGAGUCUUUGUAGUCAGGGGUUAGGACCAUGAUGUAGCAUAGUUGUAGUUAAGUCCUACACAGGUCCUUCAUGAGUCUUCAAGCCACAAGGCAAAUCACAAGCUAUUCAAAUGAACCUUGACAUAAGCAUUCUUUGUUAUUGUGCAACCCAAACUUGUCACUAUUACUAUUAUUAGGAGUCAAUCCAAUAGACUUGUUGAUUGACCCGUGAUUUGCUUAUGACAUAAUUUGUGAUAGACUGGCCUACAAUGCUGUAAUGCUACAGACAUUUUCAGUAAAAAAAAAAGUUGAUAUACUUCAACAGUGUAGACGGCAAACUUUAAGCUAAGUAAGGUGAGUCAAAAAGAAAGUGACCGAGUUUGCAUAAUUUGCCUUUCACAAUUUUCAUAGAAAUAUUACCAAAGUCCACCGCUGAUCAUUUGCUGAUUUGAAUACCAGUUAAAUACAAUGAACCAUGGGGGUUUUUCUACCUCCUUGAAUAAACAAAAACUUACAAAGGAAAACAGACAAAAAUCACCGUCAUCAUUUCAGAAAAAGACUAGAUGUGUUCCUCAUAUACAAACCACAAAAUCUGGCAUCAAAUUAUUAAACUCUUUGUAUUUGAAUACCUGUGUGUGAUCUCUUAUGCUCACUCAGUUGAUAGCUUCAAUGGACAUGGAAUUCCAUGGACAGCUGUACAAAUGGGUUCUUAGAGUAAAUUAUGCAUAACGUCUGACGGUAAUUUCAGUAUUCCUUUUUUCAAAUGAGUGGAAGAACUUGCUCUUUUAAUACAUGUUUUAUUGGUGUAUCAAAUGUAAUGGCUUUUUAAAUCCAGGUCACUUUCUUUUUGACUUGCCCUGUACAUCAUCAAAUCACUACAUACUGCCGUGAAUAGCCAGCCAAAUAUCUACCUUUAAAACGAGAUAAAUUGUUUGUUGAUUACUUAUAAGCAAGGACAAUGGCAGCUUAACUUUUACAGGGCAAUACGUUAACCUUGGACCUUUGUCAUAUUCUGGGUAAAGCAGUUUUAUGUUGUAUUAUUUACCUGAUGUCAUAAAUACAUGUAAUCCUGAAUCAUUGGGGCAAAGCCAGUGUUUACAUCAGGAUAAUACAGGCUUAUAGUGAUAAAGUGUCAGACUGAUUUGACAAAGUAAGGUCAAAACAAUUUAUAAUUGGUAAACAUUUUGUCAUCUGUUAUGUGUGACCUAAGCAUUAAGGGGAAUUAGUUGUGAAGAUUUGUGUGUACUGUCUGCAUCUAAAAGGUUACUGUGAAAACAAUGCUGGAAACACAGGAACAUCCACAUUCAAUCUUAUGGGAGAAAGGACUUUUCAAAUGCUCGUCUUUUUCAUUCGUGGACACAACCCUUGUUUUGUUUAAUAUUGUCAUUGGUUACGGUUAGUUCUGCCCAUUUAUCACAAUUCUUAUUAUUUUGGUGCUGCUAAAAAAUUUCAAGCGUAAAACGGCAGUCUAAUAAUAGAAAGUGUGUAAUUCCUUCCCUUCAGUAUCUUGCAUCAUGAGUUAAUUUCAUGACAGUUGAGUACAGAAUGAUUAAACAUUUUACAUGACUGUGUUUGAGGUAGAGUAAAACUUAAUGCUGCAGAUUGAAACAUAUUAGAAACGUCAAAAGGCAGUAGUUUUGUACAUGCCCCCUUAGGUGUGUAUGGACCUGUUAGGUUGUUAGGUUGUAUAAAUUGUGGUGACCCUGCAACAUGUACAUAUUCCAUGCUCAUGGUUCAGUGUAUAUAUCUGGCCCCUGGAUGGCUAUUAACAUGUACAUGUAUAUAGAUGGCCCUUGAAUGUGCAUAGUAGAGUAUGUAGUGCUUCCAUAAGCAGAAAGCACCCAUUGCCCUGGCUUCGUCAGGCUUGUGUAAAGUGUACAGAGCGCAUGGACUAUACAGAGACAACUAGAUAUUUUUGCACCAAAAUCUGUAGGAUACUUUCAUAACAGACUGUCAAUGUUAAUAUUAUGCAGUAUUUAUGUUUCAUGGUCAGUAUUUGGGGCUGUGUUGUGAGGUUAUAGAAACAUGUCAAACAUGUAACCGUUAAAAAAGUGAUGCAUUUAAACUGUACUGUUGCUUAUCAGUGGUGUUUUACAGGUAAAUUAAUCCUCAUCACUACAACUCUAUAGUAAUAGUAAAUGCCACAAGGAAAGCACAAUCUUCCCUCCAAGCUUACCUUUGUUUCUACAUUUGUUAAUUAAUCUGUGGGUCACCUCCAUGGUCUGGUACUGUAAUUUGUCUGGAGUAAUAUAAAAGAAAACAAAAAUUCUCCUGAAUUAGUGUAAUGGUGGGAAAAGCCACUGUUGUCAAUUUCCAUUGACUUGACAUUCAAGUGAAUUGCCCCACAUAAAAGUGAUUAAUCCAUUUGAUGGGACAGUAUUAAUUCCAUCUUUAUUGAACAGUCUUUUUCUUUACAUUGCAGCAUUCAUUGUAUUUAUUCCUAUGUUUGAAGAAGGUGUCUAUAUUUCAUUGGAUUUAUUAAAAAGGGAGUGUCAGGCUUUUUGAUUAAAAUUAAUCAUCAUGAAAACCCACACAUAUUUCUCUUUAGAAUCCUCAAAUAUGACAUUCUUGCUCACGGUCUGCACUUAACAUAAGAUUUAUUGUACAAACUAACACAAUAUUAUUUUAUUGUAAAAAGGAAGUAUAUAUCGUUUUUAUUUUAAAACUUGUAACAGCAAUUUUAUUAUGAAGCAUUUUAGAGGAUCAGUUUAGAUUUUGUUAAAUUACAAAGUGUGUGUGUGUGUAAUUGUUGGCAUUAUCUCACAUUCUAGAAUGUGAUUUUGUAUGCACUAUUGCUCACGUGGCACAAAGUUUGUAACAAUUGCAAAUAACUUACUACCUUGCCAUUUGUUUAGUUACACUGAAGUUAUUCAUAAAGUGUUAGUGUUUUUAAUUUAGUAUUUUUAAGAUUUGUUUUGUUGGCUUUUAAUUAAGGUUUUUAAAUGGUGGGAGUUAGUUGAAAAGUAAAGGUGAUUCAAAUAGUAUGAUGGGCCCUGACCAUCGCCACCACCAACACCAUCUACGUGUACAUCCCAUCACCUCGCCUGGCAGACUGUGCUAGAGAGAUCACAUGCAGUCAUUAACUCAGUCAGUAUUAUUACGUGUGUGACAAUAAUAGACAACGAUAGCUUCAUCCACAUUGCUUUGUUUGUUUGAGAGACGAUGGCUGAACAGAUUUGUACUAUUUACACUCAUUUUAUAACUGAAGCCUCACGAAUGAUUCUUCACGUUAAUCAAAAAGGACCUUUCAUUUAAACUAAUCUUAGCUUUGAAUUACAAAGUAAAUAUAGCUUUUUAGUUAUUUUUUCCCCAUCAUUUUUAAUACAAAUUUGUGACGUCUCAGAACAAACUGUUAAAGCAUUCCCAGGCACUCUAAGAAAAAUGUCAAAAACAACACAUUUUGGUUUUACGCUUGGCCUAUUUUGCCGAAAGGAAACAACAAAUUAAGCAAUACAACUAGAAACAAGUUCAGCAUAUAUUGCCACGCGGCUGUUGCAUUUUGUAGAUGGUAUGAACAACCAGUUGUUAACACAUACAACAGUCGCGCGGUGUUUUGGAACGAACUAUUAGAAAUGAUUUGGAGACAUUUGUCAAUAUUUUAGAUUACUAUAAUUCAAUAAAUUCGCAAAAGUGCAAACGAUAAGAUACAUUUUUUUUUUAUCAACCGGUAUCUGUAAUCUUGUGUCGAAUUGAGAUUAUUUUCGGCUCUUUUUAGCUCCCAAUAGGCCUAUUCGCGUUUUUACAAUGUUUUCUCUUCUGUAGUGCGCUGCACCCACGGGUUUACUGACUUGAAAUAUAAAUGUGAUUUGGAAAUGUUUGCCUGUAUUAUCGUGUCCAUCUUGUUAUAUGGGCAAAAUAGCUUAAGCUUUUAUUUGCAUACUUUCCUAUUAUCUUAUUUUACCCCCUAUACCCUAAUUUCUUGGUCAUAACACUUCAAUAAAACUCCCGAGAUUAUUCCACUGUUGAUGUAUUGGCAGGUUACGAACCAGCUAUGACCCUUCCCAAAUCAUCUCUUCAGUUUGUUAUAAUUAUGUAACUAAUUUCAUCAGCAAAAUUACAAACUGAUGAAAGAUUGUGUUUAAAUUAGUUUUGGCCAGAAGAAACUCAUUUAAAAUAUCAGCAAUCGCACAACCAAAUUUGCGAAAGAAACAGGUUUAUUUUGAUGCCCAUUAAAUAUUUGGUUAGAAAACGA